GUCAAAUUAAUUUGCGCAACACAUUUGUGAAAAUAUGAAUUUAUCUAAUUUGAAUAUCCCGCGGUUUUUCCCUCCUUUCGUUUAUACUCCCCACUACGAUAGAAAAAAAAAAAAAAAAAAAAACAAUGGCGUCGUUUUUUUGUUCUUCAAUUGCCGGUUAUUUUAUUUUUCCCCUCAAGUAGCCUGUGGUGUCUAUUUUUACACAAUCGUGUUAACAAAGAUUUAAAUAAUUAAUUAACAAAAAGAAUUUAAUUAAUUAACAAAAAGAAUUUAAUUAAUUAAAAACAUGAGUGACUUGUCAAGUGUCAAUCAUCAAAUAAAUCCAGAAAAUAUAAAAGUUUCAUUGUCUCAAAAAAGUACAAUGGAUUCAUCAACAAAUAACCAACAAGAAUUUCAAGAAAAUCAAGACACCACAAAUGAACAAACAAAUGGCAAUGAAAAUCAAGAAAAAAGUGAUGAUCAUACAAUUCCAGCUGUUGAAAAUACAACUGAAAUAUAUUAUCCAUUUGAUCCACGAGAUCAUGGUCUUGAUGAAAAUUUUUCAAUGAUAAAUUAUGGAGAUAUACGUGAUAAGCUUAUACACCCAGGUCAUCAUGAUAUUCAAGCUUUUUUAACAACAUUCAUCAACACUCAGGUUGAUCGUCCAAUAACCCUACUAACUGAAGAAACAACAAUAAUGAAGUUAUCAAAUAAUGAUUAUUAUUUACUUGAAACAUCAAAUUUCAUAACACCAAUGUUGAAUGAGCCAUAUUAUAUUGGUAAAACAGCAUUUGUCAAUGUUAUGAGUGGUAUUUAUGCACUUGGUAUUGCUGAAUGUACAACACAUAGAAUGGCUAUAUCAAUACCAUCAACAAUUGAUAUACCAACUAGAAAUAUAAUUAUUCCAUUGAUAACACAAGGUUAUCUUGAUGCAGCAACUGAUGCACAUGUUUCUGUACAAGGAAUAAGAAUAAUUAAUUCAUCAAGUUUUUUAAUUGGUGGUAAUGCAACAUCAAUUAUACUUGAACAACAAAUACUCAGAAGAGACAUUGCGUGUCCAGGUGAUAUUAUUAUAUUAACAAAACCAAUUGGUACAAGUGUUGCAAUAGCAUUGUCACAAUAUAUUGAAGAUCCAGUUAAAAGAAAUGAAAUUAUUAAAAAAAUUAAAUUAAGUGAUGUACUUGAUGCCAAGUAUCGAGCACUUGAUGUUAUGGUUAAAAGUAAUUUGUAUCCUGCUGUAUUGAUGAGAAAGUAUGCAACACAUGCUGUUUGUGAAAUAUCAACUCAUGGAUUAUAUGGACAUGCUGAUGUGUUGGUUAAAAAACAACUACAACCAGUUGAUUUUGUUAUAAAUAAUUUACCAAUAAUAUCAAAAAUGGAUAUGGUUGCAAAAUUAGUUGGUUUAUCUGGACAAUUUUUGACUGGUAGAUUGCCAGAAAUAUCUGGUGGUCUUUUGGUUGUUAUGUCAAAAGAACAUGGUAUUCAUUAUUGUCAAACAAUAACACAAACAUAUGGAGGACAAGCUUGGAUCAUUGGCUCAGUUGAACCUGGUAAUGGCUCAGUUUUGAUUAAAAAUUUACCAAAAAUUAUUAAUGUUCCAGAUAUGGAACAAAAAUCUAAAAAACAUUAAUAAUUAAAUUUAAACUCAUCAAAUG